AUGGGUCUUCAAGAAGUGACCAGCGAUGAUGAGCGAGCACUGCAAGAGAUUGCAGACUGUCUGGCAGGAUCGCACAAGAUCUUGCUUGUAACAGGCGCAGGCAUCAGUACCAGCUGUGGCAUUCCCGACUUCCGAUCCAAAGAUGGACUCUACAACAUGAUCCCCGACCAGACGAUGCUGCCAACACCGCCGCCAUCAGAGCCGUCAACCCCCACACCCCCCCGAUUCAGAGACCUGGUCGUCGACGAGGAGCCAUCCUCGUCCCAAUCGAGAAGUCGAAGAGUAUCCUCCAGUCCGUCAUCAAGGCUAAGAGGCCAGGACUUGUUUGACUCCCGAGUCUUCCAACAUGCCGAAUCAACCACAAUCUUUUACCAGUUCAUCGCUUCUCUUCGGCAGAAAAUCCGACACGAGGUGCGGUCCACGAGCUCAGUCCACAAGUUCGUCAGGGUGCUGCGCGACGGUGGUCGAUUGAUGAGGUGCUAUACUCAGAACAUAGACGGUCUCGAGUUAAGAGAAGGCCUUGUAACCGAUCUAGCACGCGGCAAAGGAAAUAAACGCAGAUUCAUGAAGAAGCACUAUGAGGCACCGCGCCCUGCACACACAGUGGGCACCGAUUUUGAUGGGGGAUGCGAAGUCGUGCAACUCCAUGGUGACCUGGAGAAGCUGCGCUGUACCAUGUGCUCCAGCCAGUACCAGUGGAAUGAUGAGCAGACUGAAAUCUAUCUUGAAGGAGCUGCGGCGGACUGCCCCAAGUGCAAAGACAAGAGUGACCAAAGACAAGCGAGCGGAAAACGAGGUCUUACGGUGGGCGCGCUUCGACCAAAUAUUGUCCUCUAUGGAGAAGACCACCCUUCGAACACGUUGCUCACGCCGCUGAUCCCCUUUGACGCCAGUUGCCAGCCUGACGUGUUGGUCAUUAUGGGAACAUCAUUGAAAGUUUUCGGGCUCCAGAAGAUUGUACGAGAAUUUGCAAAAGCUGUCCAUUCACACAAAAAUGGCAAGGGACGGGUGAUCUUUGUCAACCGCACUCGACCAGCGGAAAGCGUUUGGGACGGCAUAAUUGACGAUUUUGUCGCCAUGGACUGCGAUGACUGGGUGGACGACCUCAAAAGACGCCGGCAUGAUCUGUGGCUCCGGCAAGGCGAGAUUGAUAUGACGAUAACGAAGUCAGAGAGGCCCAAAAGAAAACGAAAGUCCAUUGAAGAAUGCACUGGGAAGGAGAACAGACCAGAGAAGAAGGCGAAGAUAGUCGUGGAGAUACCCGCUUUUGCAAAGGCCAGAAAAAAGGCAUCUAGCACCCCUAAGGGGAAGACACUCGUGUCAAAGACAGCCAGGCUUCCUCCCGACUACCCAGGGCGAGGAAUCCUGUCCCCUUUGGCACAGGCGAAAAGACCACCGAUUUCGCCAUUUACGAGUCCCAUUCGAAUGGAGGAUGAAAGUGCCCUGUCAGGUCGCCCCAAGCAAGGCACGCCCAGCCGGCCACCUUUUUCGCCUUUGACCCCUGGAACUUGUUCAAGAAGCACAGGGGGGGCUGAAAAACACAUAAAGGUCCCGGAUCCUCAGCGAAGGACCCCGACGCGACCUGAUUUCUCGCCCUUUACUCCAGGAGUUCGUUCCGGGAGCAAACUAAAGAUGGAGGUAUUCACGGAUGGCUAUAUUGACAAUCAGGUCUUACCAAGCAGUCCUCCAAACACGGACUCGCAGAUAGAGUCGGAGUUGGAUGAGGCCACCACAAUAGCUGUGGUAUCGAAGAAGGCUGGCGCGGUCGCGCCCAAGUCGAGGGAGUCCAGCUUUAUGGCACAAAUCUGGCGGCGAGUAGAAGAUCGACUGUUAUUCUCUUUUACCCGUGAUGCAGACCUGAGUCGACGAUCGGCUGAAGAGGAGGUUGCCGAGGUUGAGACACCAUCCAAAGGGCCCAGAGGCCGGAAAGUCGAUGUGUUUGCCGGCUGA